AUGUCGCAGCUGUACUACCGCAGAACGGACAAUUCCUCAUACCGGGACCGCAUUCCGCUGCGGAUAGUGCGCGCCGAGUCAGAGCUCUCGGUGCAGGAGAAGUCCUACCUCAGCGCCGUGGAGAAGGGCGAUUACGCCAGCGUGAAACUAGCGCUGGAAGAGGCGGAGAUCUACUUCAAGAUCAACAUCAAUUGCAUCGAUCCUCUAGGGCGCACGGCGCUGCUCAUCGCCAUUGAGAAUGAGAACUUGGAGAUCAUUGAGCUGCUCCUCAGCUUCAACGUGUAUGUCGGGGAUGCUCUGCUCCACGCCAUCCGUAAAGAGGUGGUGGGAGCCGUGGAGCUCCUGCUGAACCACAAAAAGCCCAGUGGAGAAAAACAGGUACCACCCAUCCUGCUCGAUAAACAGUUCUCAGACUUCACCCCUGACAUCACUCCCAUCAUCCUGGCUGCCCACACCAACAACUACGAGAUCAUCAAGAUGCUGGUGCAGAAAGGUGUGUCGGUCCCCCAGCCUCACGAGGUGCGCUGUAACUGUGUGGAGUGCGUCUCCAGUUCAGACGUGGACAGUCUGCGGCACUCACGCUCCCGUCUGAACAUCUACAAAGCCCUGGCCAGCCCCUCUCUCAUCGCCCUGUCCAGCGAGGAUCCUUUCCUCACCGCCUUCCAGCUCAGCUGGGAGCUCCAGGAGCUCAGCAAAGUUGAAAACGAGUUCAAGGCCGAAUACGAGGAGCUCUCCCAUCAGUGCAAACGCUUUGCGAAGGACCUCCUGGACCAAACCCGGUCCUCACGCGAGCUGGAGUUGAUCCUCAAUUUCCGUGAUGAUGUCAACCUGCUGCAAGAUGAGGCCAACAAUGAGCUGGCUCGACUGAAAUUGGCUAUCAAAUACCGCCAAAAAGAGUUUGUAGCACAGCCAAAUUGCCAGCAGCUGUUGGCCUCACGCUGGUAUGAUGAAUUUCCUGGCUGGAGGAGACGUCACUGGGCUGGCAAGUUCAUCACCUGUGUCUUCAUCGGCCUCAUGUUCCCCCUGCUCUCCCUCUGUUACCUGGUGGCACCCAAGAGCCGCUAUGGUUUGUUCAUCCGCAAGCCUUUCAUCAAGUUUAUUUGCCACACAGCCUCCUACCUGACCUUCCUAUUCCUCUUGCUGCUGGCCUCUCAGCACAUAGUCUCUAACAAUCCUGAUCGCCAAGGUCCAAAGCCCACCACUGUGGAGUGGAUGAUCCUACCCUGGGUUCUAGGAUUCAUAUGGACAGAGAUCAAGCAGAUGUGGGAUGGUGGAUUUCAGGAUUACAUGCAUGACUGGUGGAAUCUCAUGGACUUUGUGAUGAAUUCCCUGUAUCUUGCAACCAUCUCCCUGAAGAUUGUUGCGUAUUUUAAGUACAGUGGUUGCAAACCCAGGGAAACCUGGGAAAUGUGGCACCCCACACUAGUGGCUGAGGCGGUGUUCGCUAUCGCCAACAUCUUCAGCUCUCUACGCCUCAUCUCACUCUUCACAGCCAAUUCUCACCUAGGUCCUUUGCAGAUAUCAUUAGGACGGAUGCUUCUGGACAUCCUGAAGUUCCUCUUCAUCUACUGCCUGGUGUUGCUUGCCUUUGCUAAUGGACUCAACCAGCUUUACUUCUACUACGAGAGUAGUGAUGGCAUGAACUGCAAAGGCAUCCGCUGUGAACGUCAAAACAACGCUUUCUCAACGUUAUUUGAGACCUUGCAGUCUUUGUUUUGGUCCAUUUUUGGGUUGAUCAAUCUGUAUGUGACCAAUGUCCAAGCUGACCACAAGUUCACCGAAUUUGUGGGUGCCACCAUGUUUGGCACCUAUAACAUCAUCUCCUUGGUGGUCCUCCUCAAUAUGCUCAUUGCCAUGAUGAACAAUUCCUAUCAGCAUAUCGCUGACCAUGCUGAUAUUGAGUGGAAAUUUGCCAGGACUAAAUUAUGGAUGAGUUAUUUUGAGGAAGGAGGCACCUUGCCACCUCCCUUCAACAUUAUCCCCAGUCCCAAAUCCAUAUGUUACCUGAUUACAUGGAUUAAGGUGCAUGUGUUCAAGAGGAGGUCAAAGAGGACUGAGACAUUUGGGACAUUAGGGAGAAGAGCUGCUGAAAAUGUGAGACUCAACCACCAAUACCAGGAGGUCUUGAGGAACUUAGUAAAACGAUAUGUGGCAGCUAUGAUUCGAGACGCUAAGACUGAGGAGGGACUUACAGAGGAGAAUUUCAAAGAGCUGAAGCAGGACAUCUCUAGCUUCCGCUACGAAGUCAUUGGAAUGAUGACUGGCAACCGGAAAAGUACUCGUGCGAACAAGACGGGCGCAGCGGCCUCCGAUGUUUCUCAUCCAGACGGUUCACUUCAGUAUUCCUCGACUCUUCUGCAGAACAAAACAUUACAUUUGUACGAUGUCACUGCAGUGCUACAACAACAAAAAUCUGAAGAGACAAGAGAGUCUUUUCUGGCCAAUGGAUCGACAGUAAUUUUGACUGACCCGAUACUCAAAGACAGAGCCAGGAAGGAUUUCCCUAAGGAUUUUACAGACUUUGGGUUAUUUCCAAAGAAACAUAACGGUCUCAACCAAAAUAAGAUCUACUCACUCGCUGAAGAGGCAAAGGAAUCAGAUUCUGACAUAUUAGACUGGGUGAGAGAGGAAACGGUUGAGAAACCUCUGGCAGAAAAAGCUGAACAGCAAGAAAAUGAAUCAAAGUGUCUGAUGGAAGAAGAGGAAAGUGUGUUGGAGGACCAAGAGGAAGAGCAUAUUGCAUCUCCACAUGAACAUUAGAUAAACAAACACUCAUUCUUUUUGUAUCCAAGGAUUAUCUGAAUCUCAAAUUUAGCUGACGUACUUUGUCAGAGAUGAAACAGUAUCCUUUCUAAUGCACAGAGGUGAGGUUUUGCGAGAUGAAUUGUCUCAGGAAAAGGUAUUUGCUUGGUUGUUUUUGGGCUCAAGAAACUUCCCAGCAUUACAGAUGCCAAAAGCAACCAUAAAUCUGGAGGAUAAGAAAUGGAUAAAGCACUACACAGUGUCCAACUGACCUGUUGGAUAGUUUUAUAAUUUUAUUUUUAUCUUAUUUGCCCUUAUGUUUCCACUGUGCAGCAUCCUCUCAUCCCUUUUUUGUAAAAGUAACUUGGGAAGAAAAACCUUGAAAAAUAACAAUCAUGUUAUCAAUGACCAGAAAAACUGUCUAUUAUUAUUAUUGUUAUUAUUGCAUAUUUUAUUUUUAAAUAUAUAAUACUUUUAUUCUGCAAGGAUGCAUUAAAUUGAGCAAAAGUGACAGUAAAGACAUUUAUAAUGUAAUAAAAGAUUUUUAUUAUAAAUUAAAUUGUUCAUUAAAAAAAAAACUAUCCUAAAAAAAGGAUCACAGUUUCCCCAAAAAAUAUUAAUCAGCACAACUGUUUUCGACACUGAUAAUAAUAAGAAAUUCUUAUAAUGGCUGCUGAAAAUUGCUGAUUAAAAAUUGUAAAUUUUAAAUUGAAAGAAUAUUUCACAAUAUUACUGUUUUUACUUUAUAUUUGAUCAAAUAAAUGUAGCCUUGAUGAGCAUAAGAGACGUAUCUCAAAAAUAUUUAAAAAUCUUACAAACCCCAAACAUUUGAACUGCAGUGUAUAAAAAAAAAAAAAAAACUGUUUA